CUAUAAAAUUCUUUUGCAAGUUUUUUUUUAUCUUGUUUUGAGAGCAAUUCUUUAUUUAAGUAUACCAUACAUAGAUUGUCUGCCAUUAUUUUGCUGCAUUGCUUUUCUAAUAAAUUCAAGGCGAUACAUGAAGAUCAAAUACAUACUGACCUUUGGUUUUCUAUGGUACAACAUAGUAGCAGCGGAAUUAGUGCCUGUUUCUACUGCUAUUGCCAGGAAACCCAUUCAUAUACCAGUUAAAACCUUAGCUCGUGAGGGGUCAGCAAUUGAUCAAGCAUUCUCUAAUAAACAACGCCGAUUGGAAAGGGGAUAUAUUCAGCAUAGCAGUAAUAAUAGUUCCACUCCCGAUGUCCUUCUGUACAACGAUUUUGGACAAAUAUAUCUUGCCGAAAUAUCUGUAGGAACACCACCACAAAAUUUUACAGUUAUUGUUGAUACUCAAAGCUCUGAUCUUUGGAUACCCUCAAUUCAAUGCGAUAGUCGUAUGUGCCGAAACCACACAUUUAACUCCUCUGCAUCUUCCACAUUUCAGCCUUUCAAUAAAACGAUACCCUACGGCUACUAUUACGGAUCAAAUAGUAUCAACGGCAGCUAUGCUAGAGAUACAAUCACAAUAGGCGGCCUUGUUGUUCAUAACCAGCCUUUCGUGUUAGCUUCGCGAGUUGAUCCUGACCUUAUUGCUCAUGAUGCCAGACAUCGCCAAAAAUAUAAAGGGAAAGCUUCCGUAGAAGGAGUUUUAGGUCUUGGGUUCCCCAACAUGAUUCAAUCCGAUGAAAUCAAAGACAAUCAAAAUCUCAGUGAUCCACUGUUGUACCGUUUGGCAAAAGAAAAUUUGAUUCCUGAGCGCGUCUUCUCAAUAGAGACAUUUGCUACUACAAGAGAUUUGGCAGUAGUCGGUAGAUCACUAGAAGGUUGGACAGGAGAGUUGACAUUGGGAGGAGUAAAUCCUGAUCGUUUCAGUGGUGACGUUCUAUAUGCCAGUGUACCAGCAGUGAGUCUUGAUAAUAAUAUCACUACGCCACCAGAACAUGCUUUAUGGUUGGUACAAACAGUGUCUUUCGGUGUCUCUGAGAUGAGUAAUAAAACUGACAGCAUUGACAAUAAUAAGAACAGCACUGAUAAUUCAACUGUAUCAUUGAUACCAGCAACUGCAAAGUAUACCAUGAUUGAUACCGGCACCUCCAUGUCCUAUAUCGGCAGCUAUUAUGCAAAGCAAAUGUUGCAAGCUAUAUCAGGAAACAAAGAUGGUUUUGAGUUAGACACAGAUACAGGUUGUUAUUUGCUGGAUUGCGGUCUGAUUCAUUCUGGAAAACAAAUUGAAAUCAAUCUUAUUCAACGCCAAGAAGAAGAGCAACAAAGGUCUCAGACAGCUGUGAGAAAUUAUACCGCAACAGCGACGACGACGAUGAGGAAUACGAAGAAGCUUCGUGUGACAAUACCUGUCAAAAAUCUAAUUCAACCUCAACAUGUCGGUGAAUACAUUACGGGGAAAGAUGAUACAUGUAUUUUUAGUCUGUGUUCUUGGCCAUCCAUAUCAGAAGAAGAGGAAGACGAUGAAUACGUUAAAAACGAUAAAACGGAUGAUAAAGAUACCGACGUUCCCUUAUUCAUCUUCGGUGACUCCGUGCUACGGUCAAUCUACUUGGUUUUUGACAGCGAACGAAGCCAAGUCGGCUUUGCCUCCCCUGUAGGAUCAAACACAACUGUUAGUCUUGUUUAAGCGAAUACAAAGCUUCAAAAGGAAGAAAAAAAAGGUACACAUGGACUGAUACAAAAUUGACUAGAGGGGUUUGUAAUUCUUUCAAGAGAAAGCCCCAAGAACCAAAAUGUCCGUAAAAAGCAAUUUUGUUUGGAAAAUCUCGACUUUUCUGCCGCUGCCAAGAAUGAGGAAAAACAAAAAAAAAAAAAAAAAAAAAAAA